AUGAUUCCGCGCGUAACCCGGCCACUACAGCGACAGCUGCCGCGAGUUGCCCUGCAGCCCCGCCGGUGGAUGUCGACAGAGCAGCGAGGCCGCGAGCGCAUCCGGUUCCCGUGGAUCUGGCCCAGCGACGCAGACACAAUGCCCAAGCACAGCCCCCUGUCCACUACGCAGACGCGAUUCCAGUUCAUUACCCCGCUGAUCAAGUGGUUCACGCAGCUGAGCGCCCGCAGCAUGACGAAGCUGGCGUUCCCGGAGAACUACAUCAAGGAUAUUCAGGAGAAGAUGGCAGCGGUGGUUCUGCAGCGCACGGUGGAGGCAAUCAACCAGGGCGACUACAAGGUCCUGGACGAGCUGAUGACGCCGUUCCUUGCGAAGACAUACAAGCAUGCCAUUGCCAACAUGAAGGCGCAGGGGUACAGGCUGGAAAUUGAUGUGCGGGAUGUGCGGUUCCCAGAGAUCGAGGACAUGACGGUGUUUUUGGGCCCACCAGAGGCCUUUGACUUGGCGAUUCCGCAUGGCCUAAGGCGGCAAAAGUACGUGUUCAAGUUCUCGGGCUCGAUUCGCCUGGCGGUGGAGCGCACAGUGGCGCCCGAUGGCACGCCAAUUCCCAACACGCGCCCCCCUGUGCCGGCGCUGAUGGAGUGGGUGCAGAUGCGGUACUUGUUCAAGAUGACGGCCGAUGUGUCGGUGAAGCUGUCGCUGAAGGGCAAGGUCGUUGAUAGCGAUCAAGGCACGAUGGUGAUCCCAAUGGCGCUGAGCACGCCGUUCUAUGAGGGUACCAAGAUGCUGGAGAGUGCAGUCAAAGAGGGCGACGAGUCGGCGGGUGAGCCGUUCAGAUGGCGGGUCAGCGACCUGCUAAACAUUGUCGAGUUCAACGAGAGGCAGCAGAUUGCCAAGGCACAGCAGGCGCAGCAUGAUUCGGAGGAGUAG